AUGGACUUCUUGAGAGAACUCGCACCAUUCCGGCUUGCAAAACGUCAGCCCGAAGCCGCUAGCCCUCCCCCUUACGAGGCACAUCUUCCCACAGCCGACGAAGCUUCAGAAUCCAAACAAAGCUCAUCAUCUCGGGCGAUUCGCCGCUACAUUCCCCUGAAUCCAGCUCUUGAUGCAGCACGACCAGGCACAUUGCAGAUGAGAAUUCAUCCAGCCAAUCAGCUCGUCCCCGAGCACCAAAAACGUCCGGGCCAGCAAAGUUGGGUUGCCUUCCUGCGCAUCGACACGCCGGAUCUUCCUCGGCUUAUGAGAGAAGGCUUCCACUGGAGCAGCGCCAAUGUGGACAGGGGUGGAAGUUACAUGUCGGUGACGUACAAUGAUUUCCCAGACCGGGUUGUCGAGGCAUUCCCUGGUCACGGAAACAAGUUAUGCGUACGGAUGUUCAAUCUAUCGUCUCGAUGCGUUGGUGGAGGCGGCAAGGAAAAUGAUGUCUCGUGGGCGGGUAGUCUCGGAAUCUGGGGGAAGCAACUCGCCGAUGUUUCACCAUUCAGAUUGCCCGACGUCCAACCUGAGAACAUCUGGUCAGCCCAGGCUUGGGACUCACAAUCACGCUACGUCUACAACUUUCGCUGGGAUGAUCCCGAGGCAACCUUUAACUGUAUCUACGAUGACCUGCCGCUGGCAGGCUGGUGGCCAUGGCCUAAGCCAGAAGUGUCAGCGUCAAUAAAGGAGGAAACUAUGCCAAAUUAG